CUUUUUCCUUCUCACAGUCACAAUAACAACAGCUGGCGGUUGUCGCAGCCGAGGAGACAUGGCAACCGCUACCGUGUCAGCGGGGCUCGACGGCCACAGGAUGGAGGAGAAGAAGCUCGAGUACUUCUCCUCCAUCAACUCCAUGGCGAGGAAAAUCAUGCAGGAGCGGGAGAAGAUCAAGGCCAAGCACGGCUCGUCGUGGGAGAAGAUGACGCCGCAGGAGCAGGACUCCGCCAUCGACAACUGUAUGAUGGACCCGCACAUCCGAACCCGAUACGCUAUGCACAGGGUGGACCGGGAUGAAGUGGUCUGUUACCCCAAGCUGCUCAUUCAGACCGGGCAGAAGAUAGUUCACUUCGGCGAGGAGGAUAUUACCUGGCAAGAUGAACAUUCUGCUCCAUUUUCAUGGGAAACAAAGAGUCAGCUGGAUUUCAGCUUGGCACCAGGAUCAGAGCAAGGAAUCUCAAUCUCCCAGACAGAGCCCAAACCUGCCAAGGCUUCUCAUUCCAACCACCAUGGAACCAAGGUGCCGGUCAGCGAGGGCAGGAAGCCCGAGGAAGAGUCGUCCUUCUGGAAGAUCAGCGCUGAAAGGUCCAGGCUGGAGGGGGAGAAGGCUGACUUCCACUCUCUGACGCCCAGCCAGAUCAAAUCUAUUGAGAAAGGAGAGAAACCCCUGCCCUCAUACCUCAGACAGGAGCCUCCUGUCGUCUCUAAGGAGCCUGAGGUGCCAGAGUCUCUCCCCCCAGCUCCCACCAAACCCGCAAAGCAGAGAGCACCUAAGCCUCCUGCUCCCACUCCCCCCGCCCCCGUCCCCGUCUCCAUCCCCGUGGCUGUUAGUACGGCGCCGUCGUCCAUCUCCAUCUCGUCAAACCCCCUCCUGCCGGUCAGCAUGUCCUCGUCGGUGGCAGGAUGGGAGCGUUCUCAGAGCACUCUGCCGUCGGUCAGCAACACCGAGGAUGAGAUGUUCUCCUCCACCCGGAUGUCAAAGCCCCCCAACAUCCCCGCCGUGAUGGCGAAGGAGAGGGAGGAAGAAGCCUCACCCAACCCUGACGCCAGCCCCACCUUCUCCCAGUUCAACACAAGCAGCAGCAUCCUGAAGACUGGGUUUGACUUCCUAGACAACUGGUAAACCACAGCCGAGACCAGCCACCGCUCCGAAUGACUCAUCACCACCAUCACCCUGAAGAAGGACCACACUGCCAUGACGACAGACAUCACCGUGUAGAUUUUGAAAGAAACACCAGGCUUUAAAGCGACUACAUUGUGUUUUUGUAAUAAUCUUCCGUGGCUUGUUAAGACAUUAUCUCACUGCCCAUGUGCUGGUGUUUUUGUUUUUUUGUUUUGUUUCUUUUUAAACCUCCUCCAGAAGAUACUCCGUCUCUUCUCUGAACCUGGUUUGGAAUCUUUUUAAAUGUCUUGCCAAACACCCUCUGCUGCAUGACGUGUAGAGUAAACAGGGAUUAAACCUCACAGAAUGUGGACGCUGAUUCUCAACUGUGCAUUUACACCGCCAUCGACUGGGUUGUUGGGUCUUUCAUGGAUGUUCAUACAGGUUUGGUACGUCGAAUGCAACCGAAAUCAUGGGUCAUGUAGCGAGCUAAACUGUUAAUUGCCGUGAUGAAAUUACUUGAGCAUAAUCCUGCUCUGAUGUUUGAGAGAAGCUUCACUAUGGUCACAUGUUCCUUUAAAAACAUCUUGGAAAAAGUGGUUAGCUUGUGUGUGUGUGUGUGUGUGUGUGCUUCAAGCAGAUGUCGAGCUCUUGCUUUUGCAAAGGUUUGUGGCUUUAAAGCUCAUUUCCUCCUUGAUUUUAUUGACGUGUUGUUUCGUGUGUACUGAAAAAGUUGUGGGGGGGGAAAAUGCACGUUUUAUCGUAAGGAAACUAUAGUUUUGCUGGUGAUGCCUUUCUUACGAUGUGUCUAGGAAGUGAUCGGCCCUUACUCCGCUUGCAGUCAACCCCUUGUAGUCUGGAAAACCAAAGGUGGUUCCAGUCAGUCACAAACAAAAACUGAAUGUAUUGAGUUUACUUAAUCAGGGUUCCUGGUUCAUGGGUCUUGAAGGUUUUUAGAAAAUUGCCCUAAACAGACGUGUUACGAAUUUGAACUUGAAUUUGAUGCCAACCAAGUCUGACGUUUAUGGCCCUUAGUCAUGAUCACUUUUAGUGUCGGUUUUUCUUAGGUACAGUGUUAUCACAAAAAAGAUGGGUUUUUUUAAAAAGGAAACCCUAAAUAAGACAAACCAGCAGCGAGUGCAGCUGUUCCUUGAGGGGUUUCGCUGUCAUCCUUUGCUUGUUAUAAACCACCAACCCAUUUUUACACUUGCUAUAAAUAGCUGUGGUACGUGAAAAUACACUGCAACCAUAAACUGUUGUGGUAAUCCCAAUUACCUUUUUAACUCUAAACCCUGUUCUUUGCAGUGUAAAUGCACAGUCUUGGUGUGACUUAGCUGCCUUUACUUGUGUCUUUUAGAUGCUAGUCCUUGAACUCUUUUUCUACCAGUGUGCAAAGAGCGAACACUAGAAAAAAACAAAACACUUUUAAUUUUGUGUUCUGAAGAUUUUUGCUUUCCAAUGUUCUGUUAUUUAUACCUACAUAUAUAUAUAUAUUCCUAUAAACUGUUAGAGUAAAAGUAGUGUUUGCUGCUGCUUUCCUGGCCCUCUCAGUGUGAUGUUCCUGGAAUAUCGAGGAAACUUGACAGAUGUUACUGUAAUGGAGAAAAAUCAUGUCAUGUCAUCGAACAGGGAUAUUGUGAAAUAGAUUUUUAAAUCAUUAAUUGAAGUAAAGAAGUGGAAACUUAGUUGUUGUUCCCCUUUGGCAUUAAGAAAACAAAAACAGGAGGGAAGAGCAGCUCUGGAAGGUUCUGUCCAUGGAAAACUGGACUUCCGCGCCGCUGUGGGAAGCUGCCGCACAUGUCCUGUGUGGAUCGGGCUCCUUGACAACACUUCCUCACGGCCUCACCCCCCUCCCCCCACCUUUCACCAAUAACCUCAGACGAGAGAGGACAAGAGGCGCACUCAACAUGUUGUGUUUUAGGUCAAGCGGGCAGGCAUGUUAGUGAUUUGUGACACAGUUUACAUGAGAAGUAGAGAACUAUUUUAAUGAAUUUUAUAUUUAUCUGCUGAUUGUAUCUUCUGCUAUACAUGUACUAUAUUGCACUCAUGCGUUGUGAGGUCACAGAUCAGAAGGAAAUUAAUAAAUGAAAGUCAAACCUG